AAAGACAACCCGAAGCAUGGACGCCGCCACAAGCUAUAUUCAGCUUAUAAUUUUGUCAAAAAAUACUAUAUAUAAAUAGGGACUAUAUGUAAUGUAACUAGCGAAUCUAUUAAUGUGUGACACUGCAUCAAAAAGCAAUAAAACUCAAGGCUACAUGCAAAUAGAUAAUGUUAAGUACUUAACAUUUAAUGAUACAGUUUUUUUAACUGCAAUGCAUUGAUAGUUUAUAAAUGUGAAGGUAUUGUGUUUAUUGUGACACAUUUUUUUUAAACAAAAUGGGAGGAUACAAAGGAAAGCAUGUUUUUCACUGUAUGUUUCUUUUUCUACUAAUUUUUCUUUUUAUAAGUGGUACUAAUAAAGGACAAGAAAGCAGCAUAAAUAUUUUCGGGACCUAUGGAUUACUUGGCACCAUUAUAUUAUACAUUUUAAGGUUAUCUCCGUUAUUCUCAAUUAUUCCAACGAUUUUUAACUUUUGUGGUCUUGUAUUUUACAACACUUUCCCCAAAAACGUGGAAUUGAAAAGUUCGUUGACACGUGCACCGUUUUUGUGCAUAAGAGUGGUUACACGAGGAUUAUUUCCAAAUCUCAUUUUACGAAAUAUACCAAGAAAUCUAGAAAUUUGUAAAAAUGUUGGUCUUGAAAAUUUUAUACUAGAAGUUGUCACCGAUUACCCCAUCUUUAUUCCAAAAAAUGAAAAGGUCAGAGAAAUUAUAAUCCCCGGUGAUUAUAAAACUAAAAAUGGAUCACUGUUUAAAGCCAGAGCUUUACAUUAUUGCUGGGAAGAUAAUGUUAAUAGAUUGAGCGAUUCGGAUUGGAUUGUUCAUAUAGAUGAAGAGACUUUGUUAACGGAAGCCUCGCUGAAAGGUAUACUGAACUUUGUCACUGAAGAUAAAUAUGAUUUUGGCCAAGGAACAAUAAUAUAUGCUAGUGAAGUAGUAAAUUGGAUUACUACGCUUGCUGAUGCCUAUCGCGUAGCUCAGGAUAUGGGGAUGUUUCGCUUCCAGUUUUAUGCAUUCAAUAAGGCGAUUUUAGGUUGGAAAGGUUCUUUUAUGGUCGCUAAGGCGAUUUCUGAAAAGAAAGUUUCGUUUGACCACGGACCCGAGGGCUCAAUUUCUGACGGACAUUUCGCUCUAAAGGCGUCCAGCAUGGGAUACACUUUUAACUUUAUCGAAGGCGAAAUGUGCGAGAUGAGUCCAUUUACCGUAUUUGACUUUAUUAGACAAAGAAAGCGUUGGUUUCAGGGUAUGAUUAUUACUGGUAAUUGUGAAACGAUUCCAUUGAAGUAUAGGCUUUUGUUUCUAUUACAUACGUACGCGUGGCUGGCGCUACCUCUUAGAGCGUGCAAUUAUUUCACAGCUGAAUAUUAUCCAGUACCGUUUCUAUAUGUAUUAGAUUUAUUGAUAGCUUUCAUCGGAGCCGUUGGGAUAUAUUUGCAUAUCUAUGGCUCUAUUAGAUCUUACUCUAUGAAACAGUACGGUUAUUUUAAAAUUGUCUUAGUUUUAGCGACAAUUAUAGUAUUGCCACUUGUCCUUAUAUUAGAGAUAGUCGCGAUUUUUUUGGCGAUUAUCACUGAAAAGAAAGGUUUUUAUGUGAUAGAUAAAAAUAUUUGGAAAACGUGAUCGAUCAACUGUGUACAAAAAUCUCUUGUUCAAGAGCAAUUUAUUAAUAGUCAUUGUAAAAUACUAUUAUUAAAUACAUAACUUUAAGAAUAUUGUGUUUUUCUAUAAAGGCGGUAGACUAGCGUAUUUUUCUAUUAUUAUUCUUAUACGGUCAUUCUGUUAUAUAUAUUAAUAUUAAAAACACGCAAGAGGUUUAUUAACCGACGGUUUUUUUUACAAUAAGCUUUUACACACAUAUAACUCUAUUAUAUGCCCGUGUAUUUGUUUUAUAUUAAUAUAGUACCUAACUAAGAAUAAUGGCUUUGAUAUUUUUUCCAUAUUUUUACUCUUAUUUUAUACCGAAUUUUUAGAGAACAGGGGCAAACGGGCAGGAGCCUCAUCUGGUGUUAAGUGAUACCGCCGCCCAUGGACACUCAAUGCUGGAAGGCUCGCGACGUUCUUUUACCUAAGUCCCUAAAUCGAAUGGGUUCGCAAAUAUUUCAGUUGCAAGAUUCCAUAUAGUGGUGGUGCCUUAAGGAUAUCUCAGCUGUUGUGGAACGCCGGACGUAAAGGCGAUACCGGCAUGGAGGAAAUGAGGCAAAUUCAGGUCAGAUGACUCGAAUCAUGAAUCUGAUACCUAUAGACGCUGCCAGAAAACUUGUGGGUAUUCUAACUUCCGAUGUAUGCAUUUCUGUAUAAGUAUACUUGACUUCCGGGUGUUUUUUCCUAUUUAUUAAAACCUUUAAUUUCAUCUAUUCACUAAGCAUACUCCCGUAAUCACGAGAUGACCGUAAUAUGUUUUGGUGUACUUAUUUUCUUUGAUUAUUUUUUUAUUAAAUCACCUAGUGGGUCAAUAAGGCAAUUGAAAAGCGAUGUUUACAGAUUUCCAACCAAUAAAUGAUUUAACAAAGUAGUUGUAAGAAAUAAUUAGGUAUUUCAUUACACAAUACACGCAAUCCAUUUUAAGAAAUUACUUUCCACGUGCAGCUGUUGUUACAAGUGAGCAAUUUUGUAGAAAAUACGUUUGUGAAAUAAAAAUUUAU